CAUUUCUUCAGUCAUAAGCUACACAUCCAUCGAUCAUGCCAUCCUACGUCAUAACAGGAGCAUCCCGAGGCAUUGGGCUCGAGUUUGUGCGGCAAUUGAGCACCAGCGCAGACAACGUCGUCUUCGGCCUCGUCCGCAACAAAGCCACCGCGACAAAGCUCUUCGACCUGGCGCGCGACGCGCCACACUCGAACGUCCACAUCCUACAGGCGGAUGUGCUCGACCUGAAAGCACUCAAGGCGGCUGCAGAGGAGGUCUCCAAGGUCACAGGCGGCUCGCUAGACUACCUGAUCAACAAUGCUGCUUACCUGGAAGUGGAACGACGCAACCUCCUUCUGGAUGAAUACCCUGCGGACCUUGUCGACAAGGACAUCGUUGACUCGAUUCGCGUGAACGUCGUCGGCGUCAUCCACACGACUAAUGCCUUUCUGCCGCUACUUCGCGUGUCCUCAGCUCAACCAGCCAAAGUAAUCUCGCUCGGCUCUGGUCUCAGCGAUCCCGACUUCACCGUCUCGACCGGAUUUGCGAGCAGUGCGCCGUAUGCAAUCAGCAAAGCCGCCUUGGUCCUCACGAUCGCGAAGUACGCGGCAGAGUACAAGGAUCAGAACGUGGCGUUCAUUACGAUCAGCCCCGGUUUGGUGGAUACCAGAGGUGCACAGCCAACGCCGGAGCUCAUACGAGAAUACGAAAUUAUUUCGGAGAAGAUCAAGAAUGUGUACCCUGAUUGGGAGGGCAAACCGCUUACGCCGGAGCAAUCGGUGCGCAUGAUGCUCAAGGUCCUCUCUGGGCUCGGCAUGCAAGACACCGGCGCAUUCAUCUCGCACUUUGGGAACAAGAAGUGGGUAUGAUCGAUGUGGACGCAUCGGGCUGACGUGCAUAGCUGGCGUAUUUGUACGAUGUAGUGAAGGAUUAUUGGAUAUAUACGCAUCAUCCAAGGCUGCCAAUAGUGUGCGCGAUAUAGCACGUUUGCAUAUAUCUGGCGCAUUUGUAAAUUGUGAUACUGAAACACC